AUGUGGCUCGCGGACAAGCAUCAGCGCUUUGUGCUUCUCCCGCCAUCGCAUGACACUGCGAUAUUGUCGAGCGACCUCACGUCGGGCAAGCUCGAACCGCAUGCCAGUGCUGGGAACCACGUGCUAUUUCGAGGCAACAUUGGCAUGUCGUCGGGUGUGCACUACUGGGAAGUAGGCGUCCAAGCAUGCAACCACGGCAGUCUAUUUGUCGUCGUUUUGAUAGCGUCGUCACAGAUUACGUCGUCCGAAGGGUGGGGCGACUUUGGAUUUGUGAGCUAUCGCGUGCGGUGGAGCCAAGCCGAAGGCGAACACUUGUACGGUCGGUACUUUUCUGCGGGGGACACGAUCGGCGUCCGGUUCGACAUGGAGCAAGGCACGCUGAGCUUUACAAAAGACGGCGAUGACUUUACAAAAGGCCGACCAGCCGUGAUCCACAUGGGCGUAGCCUUCCGCCACCUUCGAACGCAACUCGCGUCACACAACUUGACGUUUGUGCCAGUGGUGGGCUGUUCGCACCCCGGGGAUGCGUUUACAGUCAAGGGGUAUAAGUGGCACAGCCAAGACACGAGUCCGCAGUGGCCGAUCGCGCGCCUCGACCAAGAUGGCGUGGUGUGGUACGUGAUUCAAGGCAACGAAGCUGCCGGCGCGUGGUACUGGACAGACCCGGAGGUUGCCCACCUUCUCACGCUGAAUCCGUCAGAAGUCGCGGCGGACCCGUGGAGCUGCGCGGCGUGCACGAUGCUAAACGACCCAAACUUGUCCAAGUGUCAGAUUUGUGAUACCCCUCGUGAAACAGACGUGGACGACGCGGACGACGUCGACGGCAAUGACGACGACAUGACGGCGGGCCAGCCGUUGAUCGUUUUGCAGCGCGCGUUCACCGAUGCGACAACGUGUGAAUCCCCUUGGUCUGUUGCCACCUUUGUGGAUGGGGGUUCGUGGGACGCGACGUUGGUGCAGCAAAUAGACGCCCUGUGCGACGACAACGGCCAAGACCCAGAGAAUGUGGCAUGGAGUGAUAUUUGGAACCGCGUAGCGCCGCUAGUGGACAUGGACGAAGAUCAAGCCGCGCGUCGACUGAGUGUUCUCUUGGCGUGGAAUUCCAGGGUGCAGUUGCUGCUGCCAUUUCUCGACUUUCACGGGCAGCAUCUGUUGGAGUCGCCCAUCAGCCGCACCGCGAAUCGCUUGACGCACCUGCGACACUUGAUCUUCAAACGGCACAAAAUCAAGUUUUGGAGGGACAUGGUCGACUUCACAACGACCCAUACGACGCCCCCGUCCGACGAACUCAAGCCCCACAUAUGGACAAAAUGA